GGGGCUGGAUGCGGCAUGCAGGGCUGGCCACCACCUCAUGUGCUGUCUGCAUGUCACCUCAGUACACAUGGGGACAAGUGGCCUCUUGGCACUGAUUCCGGUUCUCCAUGCUCAGCCCAGCACCUUGCAGAGCAGGGAGGUGUGCGGGGCUCUCGCCUUCGCUCUUUCCAAAGGAUAAAACCCAAUCCCCAAACCCAAACGAGAAGCAGAAGCGCUCAAAGUGCCAGCCCCCGGCUGGCGGGGUCGGUGGCGCAUCCGCAGUGCUCCGGCUGCACCUUUGAGGAGGACGGUGACCCGAGCCAGUGCGAGUACAGCCAGGGCGAGGACGAUGACUUCGGGUGGGAGCUCAUCCGCAGCUACAUGAUGCCGCACCUGACGGCUGACCUGCCUCACGGCUCCUACCUGAUGGUGAACUCCUCGCAGCACGCCCCGGGCCAGAGGGCUCAUCUGCUCUUCCAGGCGCUGAGCGAGAACGACACCCACUGCCUCCAGUUCAGCUACUUCAUGUACAGCCGGGACGGGCGCAGCCCCGGCACCCUCAGCGCCUACGUCCGCGUGACAGGGGGGCCGCUGGGCAGCGCCGUCUGGAACUCCUCCGGCUCCCACGGCCGCCAGUGGCACCAGGCGGAGCUGGCGGUCAGCUUGUUCUGGCCCAGCGAGUACCAGGUCCUCUUCGAGGCGGUGGUCUCCAGCGAGCGCAGGGGUUAUUUUGGCUUGGAUGACAUUUUGCUCUUGAAUUACCCAUGCUCAAAAGCGCCUCAUUUCUCCCGCCUGGGCGACGUGGAGGUCAACGCGGGGCAGAAUGCCACCUUCCAGUGCGUGGCCGCUGGCAAGGCCACGGAGGCCGAGCGGUUCCUAAUGCAGAGGCAGAGCGGUGAGGUCGUCCCUGCCACCUCCGUGAAGCACAUCAGCCACCGGCGCUUCCUGGCCACCUUCCAGCUGGACGAGGUGUCCAAGGAGGAGCAGGACCUGUACCGCUGUGUCACCCAGUCCAGCCGUGGCUCCGGCGUCUCCAACUUUGCUGAGCUCAUUGUCAAAGAGCCCCCCACACCCAUCGCGCCCCCCCAGCUGCUCCGGGCCGGUUCCACCUACCUCAUCAUCCAGCUCAACACCAACUCCAUCAUCGGCGACGGCCCCAUCGUGCGCAAGGAGAUCGAGUACCGCAUGACCUCGGGGCCCUGGUCGGAGGUCCAUGCUGUCAACAUGCAGACCUACAAGCUGUGGCACCUGGACCCCGACACGGAGUACGAGAUCAGCGUCCUGCUCACCCGGCCCGGCGAGGGGGGCACUGGCAAACCUGGCCCACCCCUCAUCAGCCGCACCAAGUGUGCAGAGCCCAUGCGGGCCCCCAAAGGCCUGGCGUUCUCUGAAAUCCAGUCCAGACAGCUGACGUUGCAGUGGGAGCCACUGGGCUACAACCUGACCCGCUGUCACACCUACACCGUCUCGCUCUGCUACCGCUAUUUCGUGGGCACCGGCCACAACCAAACCUUCCGGGAGUGCGUGAAGAUGGAGCGGAACGCCAACCGCUACACCAUCAAAAACCUCCUGCCCUACAAGAACAUCCACGUCAAGCUCAUCCUCUCCAACCCCGAGGGUCGCAAGGAGGGCAAGGAGGUGAUAUUCCAGACGGAUGAGGAUGGGUUUCUCAUCCUGGUCUGGUGUCGUGCCGCAUCCGAGCUCGUCCUCUUUCCCUCCCCAGUGCCCGGCGGCAUCGCCUCCGAGUCCCUCACCUUCACCCCGCUGGAGGACAUGAUCUUUCUGAAGUGGGAGGAGCCGGUGGAGCCCAACGGCCUCAUCACGCAGUACGAGAUCAGCUACCAGAGCAUCGAGUCCUCCGACCCGGCCGUCAACGUCCCCGGUCCGCGGCGCACCGUCUCCAAACUGCGCAACGAGACCUACCACGUCUUCUCCAACCUCCACCCCGGCACCACCUACCUCUUCUCGGUCCGGGCCCGCACCGGCAAGGGCUUUGGCCAGACGGCGCUCACCGAGAUCACCACCAACAUCUCGGCUCCCACCUUCGACUACGGGGACAUGCCGUCGCCGCUCAGCGAGUCGGAGAGCACCAUCACGGUGCUGCUGCGCCCGGCGCAGGGCCGAGGGGCUCCCAUCAGCACCUACCAGGUCAUCGUAGAAGAAGACCGGCCCAAGAAGCUGAAGCGGGAGCUGGGGGGACAGGAGUGUUUCCCGGUGCCGCUGACCUUCGACGACGCCGUGUCCCGUGGCUCCGUGCACUAUUUCGGGGCUGAGCUGCCAGCCAGCAGCCUCACCGAAGCCAAACCCUUCACCGUGGGGGACAACCAGACCUACAGCGGCUACUGGAACCCGCCGCUGGAGCCCAAGAAGGCGUAUCUCAUCUACUUCCAAGCCAUGAGCAACCUCAAAGGGGAAACCCGGCUGAACUGCGUCCGGAUCGCCCGCAAAGCUGCCUGCAAAGAGACCAGGCGUCCCCUGGAGGUGUCACAGCACUCGGAGGAGAUGGGCCUGAUCCUGGGGAUCUGUGCGGGGGGGCUCAUCGUCCUGAUUAUCCUCCUGGGAGCCAUCAUUGUUGUCAUUCGGAAAGGGAGGAACUACUAUUCUUAUUCCUAUUACCCAAAACCCGUCAACAUGACCAAAGCCACCAUCAACUACCGCCACGAGAAGACGCACAUGAUGAGCGCCGUCGACAGGAGCUUCACCGACCAGAGCACGCUGCAGGAGGACGAGCGCCUGGGGCUCUCCUUCAUGGACACCCACAACUACGGCAACCGAGGUGACCAGCGCAGCAGCGUGGUCAAUGAGUCCAGCAGCCUGCUGGGGGGCUCCCCCCGCCGCCAGUGCGGCCGCAAAGGGUCCCCGUAUCACACCGGGCAGCUCCACCCCGCCGUGCGCGUGGCCGAUCUCCUGCAGCACAUCAACCAGAUGAAGACGGCAGAAGGCUACGGCUUCAAGCAGGAGUACGAGAGCUUCUUUGAAGGCUGGGACGCUUCGAAGAAGAAAGACAAGACCAAGGGGAGACAGGAUCACGUGUCCACAUACGACCGUCACCGGGUGAAGCUGCACCCGCUGCUGGGAGACCCCAACUCGGACUACAUCAACGCCAACUACAUCGACGGCUACCACAGGUCCAACCACUUCAUAGCCACACAAGGGCCCAAGCAGGAGAUGGUGUACGACUUCUGGCGCAUGGUGUGGCAGGAGCACUGUUCCAGCAUCGUGAUGAUAACCAAGCUGGUGGAGGUGGGCCGGGUGAAAUGCUCCAAAUACUGGCCAGAUGACUCCGAGAUGUACGGGGACAUCAAGAUCACGCUGGUGAAGUCGGAGACAUUGGCCGAGUACACCGUCCGCACCUUUGCUCUUGAGAGGCGGGGCUACUCGGCCCGGCACGAGGUGAAGCAGUUCCACUUCACGUCGUGGCCCGAGCACGGCGUCCCCUACCACGCCACGGGGCUGCUGGCCUUUAUCCGCAGGGUGAAGGCGUCCACGCCGCCCGACGCCGGCCCCAUCGUCAUCCACUGCAGUGCCGGCACAGGCAGGACUGGCUGCUACAUUGUCCUAGACGUGAUGCUGGACAUGGCUGAGUGUGAGGGCGUCGUGGACAUCUACAACUGCGUGAAGACCCUGUGCUCGCGGAGGAUCAACAUGAUCCAGACAGAGGAGCAGUACGUCUUCAUCCACGACGCCAUCCUGGAAGCCUGUCUGUGCGGGGAGACCAGCAUCCCCGCCAGCGAGUUCAAACUCACCUACAAGGAGAUGGUGAGGAUCGAGCCGCAGAGCAACUCCUCGCAGCUGCGGGAGGAGUUCCAGACCCUGAACUCGGUGACUCCGCACCUGGACGUGGAGGAGUGCAGCAUCGCCCUCCUGCCCCGCAACCGGGAGAGGAACCGCAGCAUGGACGUCCUGCCGCCCGACCGAUGCCUUCCCUUCCUCAUCUCCGUGGAUGGAGACAGCAACAACUACAUCAACGCGGCCUUAACCGAUAGCUACACCAGGAGCGCUGCCUUCAUCGUCACCCUGCACCCGCUGCAGAACACCACCACCGACUUCUGGCGGCUGGUCUACGACUACGGCUGCACCUCCAUCGUCAUGCUCAACCAGCUCAACCAGUCCAACUCCGCCUGGCCCUGUUUGCAGUACUGGCCCGAGCCGGGGCUCCAGCAGUACGGCCCCAUGGAGGUGGAGUACGUUUCUGGAGCGGCGGAUGAAGACAUCGUGUCCCGGCUCUUCCGAGUCCAGAACGUCACACGGUUGCAGGAGGGGCACCUGAUGGUCCAGCAUUUCCAGUACCUGCGGUGGUCGCCGUAUCGAGACACCCCAGACUCCAAGAAAUCCUUCCUGCACCUCCUGGCGCAAGUGGAGAGGUGGCAGAAGGAGAGCGGUGAUGGCAGGACAGUGGUGCACUGCCUGAACGGAGGUGGCCGGAGCGGCACCUUCUGUGCCUCCACCAUGAUCCUGGAGAUGCUCAAGUGUCACAACAUGGCAGAUGUUUUCUAUGCUGCAAAGACGCUCCGCAACUACAAGCCAAAUAUGGUGGAGACCUUGGAGCAGUAUCACUUCUGCUACGACAUAGCGCUGGAAUAUCUGGAGUCCCUGGAGAGCAGAUAGCACCCGGCCAGGGCUCGCGCAGGGACGGCCCAUCCGCGCGUUCCGCGCUCGGACCUCGCGCUUGUCUGAAGGUGAGGAGUGGAAACAGCAAAGGACCCAACGAGAACACCCGGCAGAUCCAGAAAAACAAAUGUGGGGAUGCAUCAUCAUCCUCCGCUCUCCAUCUUUGCUUCCCGCCCCGAGUGCAUCUUUGGGUCUGAUGCUGCGACUCGUCCCGUCCCUGCGUCGCUCUGGCUCGUGGUCGCGGGGCCGGGGUGCACAGGAUGCGGCGCUGCCGGUGCCCCUGGAGCACCUGGAGACCAGGCCGGGAGGAGGAGGAGGAGGAGGGCAGAGGAGCCGAGGCCGUUUCCCAGCAGGGAAGGGUGGAUAUUUGGGGAAGAGACGCUGGAUUUUCAGUUGUGCGUGGAGCUGAUGCUGCUUUUUCAAGGAGCCCAGAGCGCUGCUGGGAGGUUUUCCCAUGGAGGGGUCACGCUCCGAGCCGGAGCGAAGACCAGGAGAGGAGCUCUUGAGUUUUUGCCCAUUCGCACCAUGAUCUUUGCUUCUUUUGUUCUGCGAGUUGUGACCCUCUGUGUAUCCAGCCCAUGACAGAGCGGGGACGUGGAGGGUGCGCUGUCCCUCUGCAGGGACCGACCCAGCGCGCUCCUGGCGCCCGUGCAAAGCUUGUCAAGCGACGGUUCCCCGGCGUCUCUGCACCAUCUCUUCCAUCUGUAGCAAUUAAUUCCUCCUGGGCUGGUUCGAAGGCACCAGCCCAUGGAUCCGUUUUAACCACGCCUUUGUGAACCUGCACGAGGAGACACCUUCGGUGCCCAGAAACACAAUCCUCACAACUCGGGUCCAUCCCGUGCGCCUCCCGGAUGCCGCCCCGCGCAGCUGCCCAUCGGUGCUGCCUGGGUUCUGCUGGCGCUGGCGACACGGGACGGUGGGUUUGGCGCUGGCCUGUGACCUGGGCCAGGCACAGGGAUGUCCCCCCGCCCCCGGUGCCACCUGAGGACAAGCACAUGGGGCCAGUGAUUAAUACCUGAUACUUGUUUGGCUGCAUCUUGCUGCAGGUGGGUGUGAGAUGUCACUUUUUCCAUCUGAAAUUGUGAUAAUUACAGGUUUUUAUGCUUCCAAGGGAGAGGCUGUUUUGUAAUCAAGCUGUGGUCAGGGUUUUCUCUCCUGCAAAUGGUCUUAAGCAGGUGCAACAAGAGGGAUGCAGGUCUGCAUUCUGCCCCCGAGACUCAAGGAACCGAGGGGAUGUUACUUCUGUCGGUUUUGCUUCACAGUCAUUUUUUGGAGGAUGGAGCAGGACAGAUGAGAAACUGUCCUCUGUACUCCGGAGGCUGCAUGUUGGUCACCCCAUCACUCAUCAUCCCACAUCGUCAUCCCUCCUGUCCUUCAUUUCUCGCCACGUCUCCUCCUCUUCCAUCCUCACCCCACAUCGGUCCUUCAGCCCCAUCUCCCCAGGGCAGGGGCGGCUUCCCGGCAGUGAAUUCAGAUCCACCCCGUGGCUCCAGGCUCUGGAAGGUGUCGUCUGGCUGGACUCGUCUGCAGCACAAAGGCCACAGAGCUGGAACGGAUGAGCAAAGCCAGGAGCUGUUUCCAUCCACCUUCUGGGGCGGAGCACGAAACAAGAUCAAUCUCUGCUCCUUCUCUCUCGGAGGAUGUUCCACCCGCUGCCUUGUAAACACCUGGGGUGGUGAGGAGGAUUUUGGCAGCACCGUAGGGUUUUGCCCAGACACUUGACUUUUCUGUGUCCUCACCAAAAAAUUCACACAGCCUGACAAUACCUUGGUCUAAGGGCUAUGCAACAUGAUUCCCCUUCCUUUCCACCCCCCCAGUCUCACUCUGCCGUGUGCCCAUGCUGUCUUGUGACUAAAUAGUCCUUUUACCCCACCAGGGCCUGCAAAAUGGUCCAGUUACACCAGUACCUGGUGACAGCAGUACUCUCAUCACAUCGGAAUAAAUUAGUGCCAUUCUCCCAAUCUCCAUCUGUCUGUAGGUGUGUCCAUGCUGUCCUAGGGCGCUGCAGGGAAGGUGCUGUCUGGUGGGUGCAGAAAUCGUUUGGUUUUGUAUGAAAACAGCUGGGCUGAGCCACUGGAAUUCCCAGGGAUGGGAUGUUGCUCCAGUGAUGCUGCGGCUUCAUCCCAGCCCUAGAGCCUGGACCAGCUGCAUCCUCCCUGCAGCACAUCCCGCAGCGCAUCCCGCAGCGCAUUGCAGGGAAAGUGCUGCCAGAAAGGUAAAAAAAGGAAAGUGGAACCCCCAUUUAGUCCUAAUGAGACAACAGAGACUGGAGGAGCUGUAUAUAUGUUUGAAAAGUGAGAUUUUUUUUUAUAUAUAUCUCCUUGCUCAGUGUCUCGGAGUUUUUAGGGCAUCAUUUGGAAGGGCAGACUUUGAAAUCAAAGUGCUAUAAAAACCACCUGAUCUCCAACGCCUACUGAGAUGCUCAUAUGACAUGAGGCAAGGAUAUCCUGUACAUAGAAAUAUAUAUAUAGAAAUAUAUAUAUAUAUAUAAAAAUAUAAAUACUGUUCUUAAGAUGGAUGAUGUUUAUUGGUAUUACAGCUUGGAGUGGUGCUUUUUUUUUCCUUUUUAAUAAAAACAAAACCACAACAAAAAGAAAAAAAAAGGAAAAAAGAAUUAAAACCUGAGAAAAACACCAAAGUGGAGCAGUUUUGUCUGCGUGCAGAAGCGGCCCUGGGAGCCGGCAGCACCGCGCGCUGCUGCCCAAGGGGCCGGCGGUGCCGCGAGGGGAUGGAGCAGCGGGGCUGAGGGGACGCGGCUGCGGUGGGUUGUGCCACGCACGCCCAGCUGUUGUUAACUGGUUUAUUAUUAUGAUUUUUGCCUUUCUUUUGAAGAAAAAUCAGUUGCAUAAAUAAAUGUUCCAAGUUUG